GGGAUUACAUCUCCUCUCUGGGGAGGCACAAUGGAAUCUUCAUCUUGGGCGUACCUUCCGGAUACGGCUUUGAUAGAAAUAUACUGUUAUUUAAAUGACCAGGAGCGGGCAAGCAUGGCUCUUGUGUGCCGUAGCUGGCUCCGUGCAUUUCAUGCCCCGUGUUUAUGGAGGCAUCGUAGCGUGGAGCUAGGGGGGUACCGGGCAGUCAUUACUGGGGUGAGGGCGUGCAGCUUUGCUGAGCAGCACGGGAAGUACUUACGUCAUCUGAUCGUCUCUUGUAACCAUCCAUCUAACCAUACGUCCAAAGUCGUUCAGAAGAAUAUUGAAAGUUUUCUACAGAAAAUUCAAGGCUGUCGCCUCGUAACUUUUGACUUGGAAAGGUUGGAACUCGACAGAUUUUGGAAAUUUGAUAAUCUUCGAGAAAAGGUGGUAGAGAGCAUUUGCCGUUUUUUUCGAUCGCAAAGUCACAUAGAGGAGUUUGAUAUGAGUUCUGCCCAGUGUUCGCUGACUAAUGGUUGCAAGUUGCUGGAGAGCCUAGGUAAUUCUUCUGGUCAUGUUGUGAAGACUCUGGGAAUUGAAGAUUUCUUCCAUACCCGACUAGCUAUAUAUCAGGUGAAGCGGUUCAAACAAACUAUAAGUUACUUCACGGCACUCCAGGACCUGUCAAUCAACUACAGCUGUCUGUCCGAUGAUAUUUUGAACAUUCUCAACAAAAAUCUGGCGGGAAAACUCACGCGCAUUCUCAUAAAGGUUCUCAAGCCAGACCCACAUUUUCAUCGAAUUUCUGGAAGGACUUGGAAAAUGUUGAAAAGUUCGUGCCCAGAUUUGACAGUGGAAGUCUGGUUUGAGAGUAUCGGAGUGUCCACUGACGUAAUUCCUAUCCUUGUACCUGAAAUGCCUUUACAGGACAUGCAUAUGUGGAGCGGCUACGACGAUGACACUGACUGGAAUCUGUCGGAGACCAUCACCCACCUCGGAAUCCAUUAUAAGAAGACUCUUCAGAGCCUUUCUCUGGAGUUGGACAACAACCAGGAGUACAUAGAUGAUGUCCUCGUGCGCAUGCUCUCGCGCUGCACGUGCCUGCAUGAACUCACAAUCAAUGCCGUCCUGCACGUGUUCACGAUCGAGGCCAUUUGUGAGAUGAUUCAGGAGAAUAAAAUCCUCUUGCAGGUUUUGCACGUCACGGUGUGCGGCUUGACAGACAUAGAAUGGGCAGAGCUUAGCUAUCUGAGGGAGAAGUUCACACCCAUGUUGAAGGAACGGCACGUGGACUUCAAGCUACAGUCGGACCUGAUGAUUGACAGCUAAUGAUAUACCUCAGGAUGUGAUUGUCUGGGCUGUGAUAUAUACGUUAGAAGCAGACAUGUUAUAUAUUUUUAUAUCAAAUAUACCUAUGUUAUAUAUUGUUUG